AUGGAUUACCGCGGUGCCCCGGCUGGAUGGCCAAUAAUCAAUGGCACGCGCAACGAUGUGAAAGUCUUUGACACGCUGCUGAGGGAGCACUGGGGCUUUUCAGAGGAAAACAUCGUCACCGUCACCGACCCUGCGCAGCAGAGCACCGAGUCCCUCCUCGCAGCGCUGACGGCCUUCAAGGCCAGCCUGAGGCCUGGCGACACCGCCGUUAUCUUUUACUCAGGCGACGGGCAUGGCAAGCAGGUCUUUGAUGCGAACGGCGACGAGGUCACGCGCAAGGGAGAGUCGGCGCCGGACAUCAUGGACGAGGCGCUCUGCACCACGAAUGGCACCCUCCUCGACGACGACCUCACCGUGCUCAUGCAGGGCAUCGCGGCCUCAGCUGCCCAGCUCUUCUGGUUUUGCGACGCGUGCUACAGCGGCGGCUUCGUCGACCAGGGCAGCGGGUCCUCCUUGCCCGAGAACGUCGUCCUCAUUGCUUCGUCGCUUGAGACUCAGAAGAGCGAGGACGCGCUCCGGAUCGAGACGGACAAAGAGACGGGCAAGAUGGCGAUGUUCUACCAAGGCACGGGCACGCGCUGGCUCAAAGCGGCCGUCGAUGGGGGCGGGCUGCCUCCUCGCGCCACGCACCAACAGCUGUUCGACGCUCUCGCGGCCGAGCGGGCGAAGGACAAGCGCGCGCGCUCAGCGAUCGCGGCGCCGGAGAGGCUGCCACUCCCGUUUCUAACAAGUGGAAGCUGGCUGCUCCCGCUUUUUAGUAGUUAA